AUGUUGAAUGGAAGAGUGCAAGGGGGUUUUCGGGGAGUCAAGGGUCUUCGCCAAGGAGAUCCUAUCUCACCAUUACUAUUUGUCUUGGUUAUGGAAUAUCUCACUCGGCUGCUUCAACUAGGGGUUCAGCAAAAAGAUUUCAGAUAUCACCCUAUGUGUAAAAGCCUUAAGGUUAUUAAUCUGUGCUUUGCUGAUGACUUAGUGAUUUUUUGCAAAGCUAACAGCAGCUCAGCCCAGGUUGUCAAACAGGUUUUUGAGGAUUUCUGCAAUAGUACAGGAUUGAAGGCUAAUAUCAAUAAAUAUCAAGUGUUUUUUGGAGGUGUUUCGACUACUGUUAAGGACCAGUUACUUCAGAUUUUUCAACUUGAAGAGGGAACCUUUCCUCUUAAGUAUCUGGGGAUUCCUAUGAGGCCAACAAAAUGGAAAAUGGCAGAUUGUGGUGAGAUUCUUAAAAAAAUUAAACUAAGGCUUCACACUUGGGCUAGUAGACAUCUAUCUUAUGUAGGGCGGACUCAACUCAUCACAUCUGUUCUAUUGGGAUUGCGAAACUACUGGAUGAACAUCUUAUUGCUCCCUCAAAGCAUUGUCAAAGAGGUAGAUAAGCUUUGCUUGUGGUUUCUGUGGGGCAACAAUGGUAUGUAA